AUGUCCCGUAUUGGGAACCACCCCUUCUUCUUUUUCUUUUUAUUAUUCUCUUCAAUCUAUGGCCUUGAUUGUGCUACUGAGCGAAGCCUUUAUAGUGGUUUCGAGGGCAACUCGGAGGCUCUCGACCUCGGAGCAUACCUCACCUCGCCUUCCUCGCAAGCCAUGAAGCUGUCCGUCAUGGCUUCGCAAACCUCAUCUCUCUCUCUCUCUCACGGCUGGCCCAAUUUCGAACGGGCCUCCGCGAAAAUUUGCCGAAACCAACAGGAAUUUCGACAGCCUCUUCAAGACGUCAGAGUUUGUUGGCUCGCUCCAGAGCCUCGCGUUUCGGUAGGUCAGCAGCUCGAACCAGUGACAGGGAAAUGGCGGUGA